ACGACAAGAUAGCACAGCCAAAUAGCUGGACCAAUGGCGGAUCUUUAUCCACACAAAACCAUCGUGGCAAAGGCUUUGCCAUACAUUUGGCAUAACCAAAAUCCAGGGAGUACGAGAAAAAUUAAAAAAGAAACAGCAGAAUCCACGUCCUGGCUUACAGUUAUUAAAACACAGCAUCAUACCCAAGCUUGUUUCUCUUUCUACUGAAACUGAAACAAUUUUCGAACCCGUGACCUCCUUAAGAAAAUAAUAUUUUUUAGCAGCAGGGCAGAGAGCAGCCAUGGCUGCCUCUGUAGCUACUACAAUCCCCCGCCCGCCUCCAGGGCAUCUCUUACACUCGGGCCUUAGCCCAGGUUUCAAACCCCUUACAUCCAGAGUCAAGCUGCGCAAGCUCGCGAUUAAAGUGUCGGCGUCGCUUGCCGAAGAUGACAGAACAGUUUCGUCGGAUGAGAAGAACCUCGUGGUUCUCGGGGUCAACGGUUCGAGCCGCAAUAACGGCAACGGAGCUGCAUUUGAGGUGGGAAGCUCUGCUUCUUUUAUUUCUAACUCGAACACAAAUGGCAACGGAGCAGCUAGAGUUUCUGUUAAUGGCAGCGAGAAAAGGUUAGCAUUGGCUGAGAAGAAAAAUAGCAACGGUGCGGCGACGGGCUCCGUUCAGUUUGACAGCUAUAUUGGUGGAAAUGGCGCUUAUGCGAGGGUGGAGGAAGAUAAGAGAAGCAAGGUGGAAGAAAUCGGGCAGGAGGAGGCAUGGUUUAAACGGGACGGACGAGAUAAUCUUCAGGUUUCUGUAGCUCCUGGUGGUCGAUGGAAUAAGUUUAAGAAAUACUCAACAAUACAAAGAACCAUGGAGAUAUGGGGUUCUCUUAUCACCUUCUUAUUUAAGGCAUGGCUUGAUAAUCAAAAGUUCACAUACAAAGGUGGGAUUACUGAGGAGAAAAAAAAGGAAAGGCGGAAAGUCCUAGCUAAGUGGUUGAAAGAAACUAUUUUGAGAUUAGGACCAACAUUCAUAAAAAUUGGGCAGCAGUUUUCCACCCGGGUUGAUAUUCUUGCACAGGAAUAUGUUGAUCAAUUAGCAGAGCUUCAGGAUCAAGUACCCCCAUUUGACUCGGAAACUGCAGUUGCUAUAGUUCAAAAGGAAUUAGGGAAGCCUGUGGAUGAGAUUUUUGAGCGGUUUGAUCGUGAUCCAAUUGCUGCAGCUAGUCUUGGCCAGGUACACCGUGCAAGGUUGAGAGGUCAGGAAGUUGUUGUCAAGGUUCAGCGGCCAGGGCUCAAGGAAUUGUUUGACAUUGAUCUGAAGAAUUUGAGGGUUAUAGCAGAAUAUCUACAAAAGAUUGAUCCAAAGUCAGAUGGUGCCAAAAGGGAUUGGGUUGCUAUUUAUGAUGAAUGUUCCACUGUUCUGUAUCAGGAAAUUGAUUAUAGCAAGGAAGCUGCAAAUGCAGAGUUGUUUGCAAAAAAUUUUAGGAGCAUGGAUUAUAUUAAAGUUCCAAAAAUUUGUUGGGAAUACAUAACACCACAGGUCCUUACAAUGGAGUAUGUUCCAGGCAUCAAAAUAAAUAGGAUUGCUGCUUUGGAUCAGCUGGGAGUUGAUCGACAAAAGUUGGCGAGAUAUGCUGUUGAGUCCUACUUGGAGCAAAUUCUACGACACGGAUUUUUUCAUGCAGAUCCUCAUCCUGGAAAUAUAGCUGUAGAUGAUGCAAAUGGAGGCCGACUCAUUUUUUAUGAUUUUGGCAUGAUGGGAAGCAUUAAUCCAAACAUAAGAGAAGGGCUAUUGGAAGUUUUUUAUGGGGUGUAUGAGAAGGAUCCUAAUAAGGUGUUACAAGCCAUGGUUCAGAUGGGCGUUUUAGCGCCUUCUAGUGAUAUGACUGCUGUCAGGCGAACUGCUCAAUUUUUUCUCAACAGUUUUGAAGAACGUUUGGAAUCCCAGAGGAAAGAAAAAGAGAUGGCAACAACGGAGCUUGGGUUCAAGAAACCAUUGACAAAGGAAGAAAAAGUGGAAAAGAAAAAGCUCCGUCUUGCAGCAAUUGGAGAGGAUCUAUUAUCUAUAGCAGUGGACCAACCUUUCCGUUUUCCAGCUACUUUCACAUUUGUUGUUAGGGCAUUCUCAGUGUUAGAUGGCAUUGGAAAAGGUCUUGACCCUCGUUUUGAUAUAUCUGAGAUUGCAAAGCCGUAUGCACUGGAAUUGCUACGAUUUCGAGAGGCUGGGAUUGAAGUACUUGUGAAGGAUUUCAGUCAAAGAUGGCAGCGACAAGCACGUGCAUUUUCUAAUCUUUUUAGACAAGCUGAUAGAGUUGAGAAACUUGCUGAGGUUAUUGAACGCCUGGAACAAGGGGAUUUGAAGCUACGAGUCCGUACUCUUGAGUCAGAACGAGCAUUCAAGCGAGUUGCUGCUGCUCAGAAAACAAUAGAAAAUGCUGUCUUGGGAGGAACGUUGGUCAAUCUUGCCACCAUUCUGCACUUUAACUCUAUUCGGUUGCCUGCUAUGGCUGCAUAUUUUGGAAGUGCAAUCUUUUUCCUCCUAGUUCUUAUUGGUAUAUUGAAAGUUCGAAGGUUGGAUCAACAGGAGAGACUUAUAACAGGCACUGCUUGAUGAAGGCAUGAGCAUAGUUUCCUUUUAAAGUUUUGUUCCCACUGGUCAAGCUUCUUUUGUCAACAAUCUUCAUCUCCAUUAUCUUUUGUAUUGUCACUUAAAAUUCAUUAUAUAUCCCAUUGUCCCCAUAAAGUUGUUUCGGGAAAACAAAACAACUGUGAAUGAUGUAAAUGUAUUUAUAAUCUAUUCAUGGAUUGAGUUACAUUCUA